AUGUGGCAGGGCAACCCUAGGAAGGAAUCCGGAGACAACUCAAAGUUCUGGGUUGCCCAACGCCAAAGGCAACCCUCAAAGAACGGCGAUGUCUACUGCCGUGCCUGGCCCAAGGCAGACUCCAUCCUGUACAUCCCUCUGGCGAUGUUUUGGGCCGAUGCCGUAUUCACCGGUGGCUGCAUUUGGCCAGUCUGGUGGAACAGGGCU